AAGUUAGUUUCCAGUGUUCAAAGCGGACUGCAGAAACACAAAGGGAGCUGCGUUCAGGUGUCCAGUCCCAGACCUCUGCCCUUCACUUGUUUAUUCUCUGCUGCUCAUGCGCAGGAACACACUUCCAGUAAGCUGAAGUAAACUUUCCUAAAGAUGGAUUUGGCUCAGAUCUGGUGCGUAUUCCUGCUGCCUGUGCUCAUAUCGGCCCAGUACCAAGGGGACAACGGAAUAGUGGUCCCGGAGCAUGGAUUCUGCCAGCCCAUUUCCAUCCCCCUGUGCACGGACAUAGCCUACAACCAGACCAUCAUGCCCAACCUGGUGGGCCACUACAACCAGGAGGACGCAGGACUGGAGGUGCACCAGUUCUACCCGCUGGUGAAGGUACAGUGUUCGCCCGAGUUGAAGUUCUUCCUGUGCUCCAUGUAUGCGCCCGUGUGCACCGUUUUGGAGAAGGCCAUCCCACCCUGCAGGUCCAUCUGUGAGAGAGCCAAGCAGGGCUGCGAGGCGCUCAUGAAUAAGUUCGGCUUCCAGUGGCCGGAGCGUCUGCGCUGCGAGAACUUCCCCGUGUUAGGAGACGGACAGAUCUGCGUGGGACAGAACGACUCCUCUCCUCCCACGGUCCCACCUCUCAUACCUGGCCCGGUCACCCAAGAUGUUUCCCUGAUCUCCACACAUGACAAACCCUUCAGAUGUCCUCCUGUUCUCAGAGUACCCCCAUAUCUGAACUAUAAGUUUCUAGAUGAGAAGGACUGUGCAGCCCCCUGUGAACCUUCCAGGUACAUGUUUUUCACUGACAAAGAGAUCCAGUUCUCACGCAUAUGGAUUCUGGUGUGGUCUGUGCUUUGUUGUGCUUCUACUUUAUUCACAGUUACCACCUAUUUAGUGGAUAUGCAGAGGUUCAGAUACCCCGAGAGGCCUAUCAUCUUCUUAUCCGGAUGCUACACUAUGGUCUCCAUCGCCUACAUCGCUGGUUAUUUCCUGGGGGACAAAGUGAUUUGCAACGAUAGCUUCGGCCUUGACGCCUACAAAACUGUGGUCCAAGGCACCAAAAAAGAAGGGUGCACCAUCCUCUUUAUGAUGCUCUAUUUUUUCAGCAUGGCCAGUUCCAUCUGGUGGGUGAUCCUGUCUCUCACCUGGUUCCUGGCGGCAGGUAUGAAAUGGGGCCACGAGGCCAUCGAGGCCAACUCUCAGUAUUUCCACCUGGCAGCCUGGGCGGUGCCGGCGGUGAAGACCAUCAGCAUCCUGGCCAUCGGUCAGAUCGAGGGCGACGUCCUCAGCGGCGUCUGCUUCGUCAGUCACAGCAACCUAGACCCUCUUAGGGGCUUCGUUUUGGCUCCCCUCUUCAUUUACCUCUUCAUCGGGACCUCCUUCUUGCUGGCCGGUUUCGUGUCACUGUUCCGAAUCCGCACCAUCAUGAAACACGACGGCACCAAGACGGAGAAGCUGGAGCGGCUCAUGGUGAGGAUCGGGGUGUUCAGCGUGCUCUACACCGUUCCUGCUACCAUUGUCAUCGCCUGCUUCUUUUAUGAGCAGGCCUUUCGCCCUUACUGGGAACGCAGCUGGAUCAGCCAUAACUGCAGGAGCCUGGCCAUCCCCUGCCCCAUGUACACCGGGCCCCGCAUGACCCCUGAUUUCACUGUGUACAUGAUUAAAUACCUGAUGACCCUCAUAGUUGGUAUUACUUCUGGUUUCUGGAUCUGGUCUGGGAAGACUUUGCACUCCUGGCAUAAGUUUUACACACGGCUGACAAAUGGCAAACAGGGCGAGACCACUGUUUAAAAAAAAAAAAAAAAAGGACAUCUAUAUGAUGCUGAGAUUGACUUGUGUAUUAUUACUUGUUUCUCAUGUGAUUGGUAAGUACAC